UAGCAGUCAGUGUGAGCUAACGUGGAGCUGUACGAAUUUUUAUGCUGUUGUGUUUGUAUGGUUAUAAAGGUCCCAGGCUGUAAAUAUUGCGUAGACUGCUCAGUUAUGGAGGCGAUAAUAAAUUCAAAAAUGGAAGAGCUGGAAGAUUUUUACGGUUUGCUUGGGUGCGACGAGUUGUCAACGACUGAACAAAUUACAAGUGAGUUUAAAGUGAAAGCCCUGGCUUGCCAUCCUGACAAACAUCCAGAAAAUCCUAAUGCAGUGCAAGAGUUUCAAAAAUUACAAGAGGCUAAAGAUGUUCUUGCAGAUGAAAACAAAAGAAAAAAAUAUGAUCUGUGGCUAAGAAGUAGAAUCACUGUGCCAUUCAGUAAGUGGCAGGCCUUGGGUGACACAGCUAAAAUUUCAAUGCAUUGGACCAUAAGGACCAAGAAGAAGCCAAUGUUGGAAGCAGCAACAGAUACAACUGAAAUCUACAACGGUGAUUACAAAUUGUGCAGGACAAGUGAUUCUCCUUCGAGUCUCCUGCUGAAGUUUAGAAAUUAUGAAAUAUGAGAAACAUUUUUGGCUGAUAUUUGUGAUUUUGACUGAUGUUGGUGUGUAAGUAAGGGAUUUGUUUAUUAAGUGGGUGUCAUGUGCUGUGUAUCAAGUUUAUACAUACCCCAGAAAAAUUAUAUGUAAUACAACCCCAAAUCAGAUAAAGACAGUAUGAACAAUGUAAAUAAAAUGAAAAUGCAGUGUUCCUUACA